AUGGCUUAUAUGCGACAUAGAAGGUGGAAAGAAAGAAAUCAUCCUUAUCGAAAGCAAAGGGCUGCUUUUGAUAACAAGCAAGAACGUGAAGCUGCUCCUAUUCCAUUGAGUGGAGAAGAAGUUCUGAAAAGGAUGGAAGAAGAAGUGUUAAUUUGGCCGUUUGGGAAGAAACAUCCUCCUCUUCCAUACAAAGGUGAAGAGGAUGAAAGCAGACCUUGUUGGAAGAAGAAGAAAAACAAAAGAUGGAUCAAGGCUCGUUUGGAUCUGGUUGAGAUGGGUAUUAGACCUGAACUUGCACCUAAUCUUGAUGGUCCGAAAAAAAAUCGCUUGCCAUUAGCGAGUUGGAAUCUGACUUGUGAUGAGAAGAAAUCAGUUUGUGGUUGUUUUUGUUGUAUGAAGGUCCCUAAUGGCUACUGUUCAAAUAUUCAUAAUCUGGUUUCUAUGGAUGACGUAAGGCUUAGUGGGAUGAAGUCUCAUGAUUGUCAUGUGUUAAUGCAACAACUCCUUCCUGUUGCAUUAAUGGCUGUCUUAGACAAACCGGUUAGAGUUGCUGUUAUCAGAUUAUGUCUUUUCUUUACUGAGAUUUGCAGUAAAUCAUUUGAGGUAUCUAAGCUACCUAAAAUUCAAAGUGAUAUUAUUGAGACAUUGUGCUUGCUGGAGAAGUAUUUUCCUCCUUCAUUCUUCGACAUAAUGGUACAUUUGACGGUUCACCUAGUUAGAGAAGUUGAACUAUGUGGACCAGUUUUCUAUCGGUGGAUGUAUCCUUUUGAAAGAUACAUGAAGGUCUGCAAGGGUUACGUCCGCAAUAGAAAUCGUCCCGAGGGUUGUAUAGCAGAGAAUUACAUUGCUGAAGAAGCUGUUGAAUUUUUAGCCGAACGCUUGUUGUCAGAGCAAACUGCUGGAAUUCCAAAACAUCGUUCGAAGGAGUGCAAGCCUACUUCUGGUGCUAAAGUCUCCUCUAUCUAUGGCAGUGAGUUCAACCAAGCGCAUCUAUGUGUUCUACAAAACACCGAAGAGUUCAGAACCUACUUUAUCGAGCAUAUGGAAUAUUUGAAGGGAGCUUUUCCGAGGUACAAAAAGAAUAAGAAGUGGCUUAAGGACAAACAAAACAGUUCAUUUGCAGAUUGGGUGAAGAUAAGGGUGGGGCAACAACUGGAUGAUCAUGCAAGCAACAUAUCUGAAAUAGUGAGAUGGAUUGCAGAUGGACCAAGUCAUGAAGUAGCAAAGUUCAACAGUUACAAAAUUGAUGGAGUCCAAUUUUACACCAAGUCUCUUGACAAUGUUCGAGUGUGUCAGAAUAGUGGCGUUUAUCUAGAGGCUGAAGCUAUGGUUGUUGCUAGUGCUAGGGAUAGAAAUCCUGUAGAUGACGAUAUGAGUUUUUAUGGGGUGAUAAAUGAAAUUUGGGAGCUAAAUUAUACUAAGUUUAGGCUGCCCCUCGUUAAGUGUGAUUGGGUUGAGAGUUCAAAAGGUGUCAAAGUGGACGACCUUGGUUUCACCUUAGUGAAUUUGAAUAGAAAAGGCCACGUAAAUGACAUAUUUGCUUUGGCUACAUCUGUCUAUCAGAUUUUUUAUGUGCAAGAUCCUAUAGAUCCUAGGUGGUCAGUUGUUCUAAGAGUCCCUCAAAGGGAUUACAAUGACUUGGCUCAUGAUGAUGAGCUUGGGGACACUAUAAUUGAUCACCACCCCUUUACUGAUAGAAUGCCAUUUGUUGAGAGUGGGAAGGGAGAGAACGGUUACAUCAGAUCGGACAAUGAGACUGUUUUGGCUCAUGAUUAA